UGAAAGCAGAAACCGUGCGUAGCCCGAUUAGCAUGCAUGGUGGGCGUCCUCCUACUGCUGCUCCUCCUCAUGCCGGUGCCGGCAACGGCAACAGCGCAGCUCUGCGGCAACGGCGGCAACUACACGGCCAACAGCACCUACCAGUCCAACCUUGCCGUCCUCGUCGCCGCCCUCCCGAGCAACGUCUCCUCCUCCCAACAACUUUUCGCCACAGCCACAGCCGGCCACUCCCCAGACGCAGUGUACGCGCUCGCGCUCUGCCGUGACUUCGCCAACGCGGCGUGGUGCGCAGACUGCGUCAACGCCUCCUUCCAGCACGCGCAGCAGACGUGCCCGUACCACCGGAGCGCCAUCGUCUACUACGAGUACGACAGCGCCCAACAACCAGGGUGUGUCCUCGGCUACUCCGGCGACGACGCCUUCCUCAGCCCAGCAACCAGUCUCACCGAGAACGGCACGCUCUUCCAGUCGUGGAACGAGCAGAACAUCUCGAGCGACGCCCGGAUCGUCGCCGCCCAUGUCCAUGAGCUGCUGACGGUGACGGCCCAGGACGCGGCCGCCGACAUGACGAGGCGGUUAAGCUCCGUGGUCAUGGAUUCCGUCCCGAUGCUCUACUCCCUCGCGCAGUGCACGCCGGACCUGUCCGCUGACGACUGCCUGGCGUGCCUACAGCGGCUCAUCGCCAUGUUCAACGCCACCACGUCCGUGCGCCUGGGAGGACGGAUCUUCGUGCUACGCUGCAACAUCAGGUUCGAGACGUUUAUGUUCUUCGACCAGCCCAUGCGGCGGAUCAGUCCGUCGUCCAUCUCUCCGGCUCCUCCCACAGGACAUCGAAGGCAACCUUGGGUAAUUGCCAUAUCUGUAGCUGUUCCCGUAUCACUAGUUGCUUUUUGCUUCAUCAUCCUUUACUGUCGUCGCCUCAGAGCAAGGAACAGAAAAGCUGCAAUGAGAUUACGAGUAAAGCAUACUUUCAAGUUGGAAGUACGAGAUCAUGAACAGGUGUGGGAUAUGGACGUCGGAUUUUCCGGAUUUUCCGUCUUCGACUUUCAUCAGAUAUUUGUUGCAACAAGCAACUUUUCUGAAGAAAAUAAACUUGGAGAAGGUGGAUUUGGCCCUGUAUAUAAGGGCCGCUUUCCUCAAGGCAUGGAGAUAGCAGUUAAGCGACUUGCUUCACAUUCAGGACAAGGUUUGGUAGAGUUCAAAAAUGAAGUUCAGCUCAUAGCCAAACUUCAACACAAGAAUUUGGUCAGACUAUUGGGAUGUUGUUCCCAAGAAGAGGAGAAAAUAUUGGUCUAUGAAUACUUGCCAAACAAAAGUUUAGACUUCUUCAUAUUUGAUGAAUAUAGAAGAGCUUUCAUGGGUUGGAACAAGUGUCUUGCAAUAAUUGAAGGAAUAUCAGAAGGACUUCUUUACCUACAUAAGCACUCUCGUUUGCGUGUCAUACAUCGAGAUCUUAAACCAAGCAACAUUCUCUUGGACAAUGAAAUGAAUCCUAAAAUUUCAGAUUUUGGACUGGCAAAAAUAUUCAACUCAAAUAACAGUUAUGAAAACACUACAAGAAGAGUGGUUGGUACAUAUGGUUACAUGGCUCCCGAGUAUGCUUCCGAGGGCCUAUUCUCUGUCAAAUCUGAUGUUUUCAGCCUUGGUGUUUUAAUUCUCGAAAUCCUUAGCGGGAAAAGGAAUUCUAGUAGCAAUCAGUGUGGAGCUUUUAUCAACCUCCUCGGAUAUGCUUGGCAGCUCUGGGAAGAGGGAAGAUGGAUUGAUAUUGUUGAUGCGUCAUUGCUUCCCAUGUGUAACCUCGCAGAAGUCCUGAGGUGCGUUAACAUCGCACUACUAUGUGUACAGGAGAAUGCAGCUGAUCGACCGAACAUGUUGGAUGUUACUUCAAUGCUAAGCAGUGAGACUAUGAUCCUACGUAAGCCUAAGCACCCAGCGUAUUUCAAUCUAAGGGUAGGAAAUGAAGAGGAUUCAUUUGCUACUCAGUCCUGCAGUGUUAAUGAUGUCACCCUAUCUGUCAUAAGUGCCAGAUAAUUUUCAUUUAUGUCAUGUGGUUUUUACUGAACCAACAUGUAGAAUCAAUGAUAUCAUAUAUUCAUAGAUGUUGUACAACACAUAAUUAUAAGAAAAACUAGAAGACCCGUUGCGUCACUGGCGCAAAUGGCUGAAGUAAGACAGUAUUCAUGCCAUAAGAUUUACCUUAGAAACUGUGAGGCUAAUAUGUAGACUGUAAGGAUGGUGCUUCACAUGUAAUGUCGGUAGACUGAACUUAUGUGUAAUAUUAUAUUUUAUUUUGGUUGUAAA